UAUGACUGGCUGAGAGAUUCAGUGGAUUUACCCUGAAGCUGCUCAACCUUUCUUUAACAAAACCCAGACGAAAAAAAGAUUGAAAAUGGCUAAAGGGAUCAACAUGAUUUGUUUUGCUGUAGUACUAACAGGCGUGGGAGCGUCUGCCUUUUCAGGGAAGAGCCACAGCGGAGGGAAGAACAACACUGUGCUGCAGUACGUUGUUAACAACUCACUGAGGGAGCAUCCUGUUCUCACCAAACUCAGACUGAGAACUCUUGAAGACCGAUGGAACAUAAUGAUGGUUGCCAGUGAACAAGCCCAGUUCAUGGCAAAUCUCAUCAGACUGAUAAAUGCCACCAAAGCUAUUGAAAUUGGGAUGUACACAGGGUACAACGCACUGAGCAUGGCUUUGGCCAUGUCACAGAACGGAAGAGUUGUAGCUUGUGAAAUAGAAGACACUUAUGUGGACAUUGCCAAGCCGUUUUUUAAAGAGGCUGGAGUUGAAGAUAGGAUAGAUGUACGCCACGAAAUAGCCAUGAAGACACUGAAUGAACUGAUAGCAGCCGGGGAAGCCGGAACAUAUGACUUUGUGUUCAUCGAUGCUGAUAAGUUCAACUAUGACAGAUACUACGAGAAGUCCCUCAAGCUCAUACGAACGGGGGGCAUCAUUGCAAUUGACAAUGUGCUGUGGAGUGGGAAGGUCGUGAACCCUGCUCCCAAUGACCUCACCUCCCAGGCUCUCGAUGCCCUCAAUAAGAAGCUACACAACGACCAGAGGAUUGAUCUGAGCAUGCUCAUGGUGGGCGACGGGCUGACCAUUUGCAUUAAACGCUAAAAUCCUGUGGUGUUGAAAAUGUUAAAUAUGUCAUGUUGUUGCUUUGGCUUUGGUAUUAAACAUACAUAAAUACA